AUGUAUUUCUUAAAAUAUCGUCAACUCAUUUUUAUUCAAUUAUUUUAUAUCAUUUCUGUACUCUCAAUAAACGAGUGUUACUAUGCAUGGAAUGAAAGAAUAUUACCAUCUAGUUGUUCUAGAGCUUCUGAUUGUAGUAAUCCUUCUGCAGAUUGUAUAUUUAGUUUGCAAGUUAAUCAACAUAUAUGUUGUGCACCAAAAGAAAAUGCCAUUUUUCCAAAAUGUCCCACUGGUAUGAUCAUUGCUUCAAUUGGUAAUCAUAAUUCUAUUUUAUGUGAAAAUGAACAUGAUUCAGACUCAUGUCCUAGUGGCUAUCAAUGUAAAGAAUCAACUACUAAUUUUGACAAGUAUGAAGGCCAAUCAAAUUUUGUCUGCUGUCAAUAA